UGUAGGCACAUCAGGACACUUACACGAAGCUGGAAGAUCUAUAGUGCUGCAAACACCCCGUCAAUUAUUAACAGGCCAGUGCUCUCAUUCCUCCAAUGUAACCAUGGCACCGAGCAGACAGAAACUCAGCCGGUAGCCUGGGAUCUGCUCCUGCCUUGUGGGAAAGUAAGACGCGCACAUACCGCUGACAGCGGGAGCAAGUGGACCUGUUUGACUUUAUGAGCCUGUCACGAAGGAAACUAUUGGGCAGACGGACCUAUGGAGCGAUCUUCACAUGACUUCUCCAUUGGAAGCAGAGGGAUGACAGUUGCUACUUUUAUUUAUUUUUAAUUUUUAACUUCUGUUUUUCUUAGUUUUCUUUUUAUGGCAAAUUAGUGUUUGUUGUGAAGAGGCUUGCAGACCUGCAUCAGUGACCAUGUGUGACUGAGACACAGACACAGGAUUAUUAACAGAUUUGCAGACAGCUGGAGAUCUUUGGUGUCUGUGAAUGAGUGGGUCAGCACUGUUAUCAUUAUGAAGUUGACCGAGCGACUCAAACGGCUGAAGCACUUGGGCUCUGUGCCUCCGGAGCCUCCGCCACUGCUGGUGGUGCCCAAACCAGGCAUGGAGGAGAUAACAAUAUGGGAGCAACAUACAAUAACGCUAAACAAAGAUUCCAAGCUAGGAUUCGGUUUUGCAAUAUCAGGAGGCAGGGACAAGCCGCAGCCCGAUGGGGACACGUCAAUUCUGGUGUCAGAUGUGCUGCCAAAUGGACCAGCCAUGGGACGACUGUUCACCAAAGACCAAAUUGUCAUGGUCAAUGGCGAACCUAUGGACAACGUCCAUUCUAACUACACCAUUCAGACCCUGAAGUCUUGCGGCAAGACUGCAAACAUAACAGUGAAACGUCCUCGUAAGAUCCAGAUCCCAGCAACCUCAUCCACCAGACCCACUCGGGCAGCCUCGCACUCCAACUUGCUGGAUGCGGACCCUCCGAGACGGCAACGACGCCACUCUGAUGGGAGUGACAACAUGGACUCCAGCCGCUACCGUGACGAUGACCGCUAUCGUGCUGAUGACCGUUAUCGCACCGACCGUUACACACGCCGAAGCCCCACGCCCGAACGCAACGGGCUUGCAAACGCGGCGCCGUUGAUUUCAUCAGGGUACAAGAGGCUGCCGCUCAAAAAUGUUUCAGAAAAACCCAUCAGAACUACUUUGAUUAAAAAGAAAACCACAGAUGAGUAUGGACUGAAACUGGGCAGUCAGAUCUUUAUCAAGCACAUGACAGAAACUGGCCUAGCUGCAAGGGAAGGCACCCUGCAGGAGGGCGACCUCAUUCUCAAGAUCAAUGGCAUGACAACAGAGAACCUAUCCCUGCUGGAGACCAAGCACCUGGUGGAGAAGAGUAGAGGCAAACUGACCAUGACUGUCCUCAGGGAUGACCGUAGAUUCCUGGUCAGCAUCCCAGAGGUGGAGGACAGCCCCCAGAACAGCAAUGAUGAACGUCGCAAAGACAGCAGCUCAGAGCUGGAUGAAAUUUCAGACAUUGAUGAGGACGUUCCAGCCCACAGGACACGUCCAAGCGCCAAGGAGAGGCGGACACGCAGAACAAAAGCUGAACCUCCACUGCCAAAGUCUCGGGAUCAAUCGCCUGUGCGCUCCACCUUAUCCCGGCCACCUGUAAAAGCCUACGCUCCUCGCCGAGCUCCGUCUGAAUCUGAGUCCGACCACAGUGCAUCUCCUCCUCCUCCAGUCAGGAGAGAGAGGGACAGGGACAGCCUGGACCAAAACAACAAAUACAAAUCUCUGUCAGGAGUCUCCACCCUCCCCAACCCCAAAUCCUCUCCUGUUGCUCACAACUGGACUGCACCCGUCUCCGUCUCCUCCACUUCCUCACGCCCUCGCAGGCCGGUGUCGGAGUCAGACUCUGACCCCGAAGGUUCCCCACCCCCACGCAGAGAUGGCCCUCGUCUGGACAGUAGAUACAAAGUUCUGCCUGAUCGUUACGCAGGCCGGGUAUCUUCCCCCAUCGUUGUUCGCCAAGAUCCACCAAGGAGGGUCAACUCACCUGUGAGAGGCCCGCCUCCAGAUUCUGACUCCGAGUCGGAUGGCUUCUCUGAGCCUCCUCAGAGGCGUAGCACCACAUACAGUCAGGACUCUCUCAGCAGAUACAGGGUCCUGCCAGAAGUUUCCCUGCAGCCAGAGGUGGAACCACCAAAAUGGAGCACUGCCAACAAUCCACCACAGAAAGCGAAUUCGGACUCUGAAUCAGAGGCCAGUUAUGCGCCAGUCCCCAAGAGGGAAUCCACCGGCAGUAAAAACUCAGCAGCCAGAAAUAGAUACAGAGUGCCUACUUCGGUGCCUGUAAAGCAGGAGCCUCCUCAUCGAGCCCCGUCGCCCGCUAGACCGCCUCCAGAUGAUUCCUCUGAGUCAGAUGAGCUUUCACAUCUUAGGAGGUCUGGCAGCUCUGAGCGGGGGAACAGUCAGCGCAGUGCUCCUCGUGCUGCAAAUGGAAACGGCACCAUCAGGUCUGGGAUUUCAGUCAAGAACAACCUGCCCAUCUACUCCAAACCUGAAGAAGAGCCCCUCUAUUCCCUGCCUCCAGAUUCAUACCCAUCAUCUAUUCCAGGGUACAGCUCAGAUGUGAAGACAGUGUCAUUUAUAAAGGAGAGCAGUUUGGGUCUUAGACUCGUGGGAGGCAACGACGUUGGGAUCUUUGUAGGUGGAGUCCAGCCACACAGCCCUGCGUAUGAACACGGGAUGAAGGAGGGAGACCAGAUCAUGCAGGUUAAUAAAGUUGAUUUUGGCCAUUUCACACGAGAAGAAGCUGCCAACUUCCUCCUUGAGCUCAGGACAGGAGAACGGGUGGAAAUCUCCACGCAGCAUAAGAUGGACAUUUACAAAAAGAUCCUCAAGUCCAACCUGGGAGACAACUUCUACAUCCGCACACAUUUUGACCAUGACCCCGAUAACCCCAUUGGUCUGGGCUUCACCAGAGGAGAGGUGUUCAGAGUGGUGGACACAAUGCAUCGUGGAAAGAUAGGCAGCUGGUUGGCUAUCCGCAUGGGGAAUGACCUGCACGAGAUGGACAAGGGCACUAUCCCAAAUCAGAUCAAGGCAGAGAAGAUGGCCAACAUCGAGAAGGCACAGCGGGCGACCGGAGAGAGGCAGGCAACCGGACCGAGAGCCGAAUUCUGGAAACUACGGGGGCUCCGAGGGAAUAAGAAGAACGAGAAGAACAUGCGACGGAGUCGCGAAGACCUGCUGCAGCUCACCAUUCAGGGCAAAUUCCCAGCUUAUGAGAGAGUCCUGCUCAGAGAAGCUAAUUUCAAGCGGCCCAUUGUUAUUCUGGGACCUCUUAAUGACAUUGCCAUGGAGAAGCUGGCACGAGAGCUGCCUGAUGAUUAUGAAGUGGCAGAGAUGGUUCCUCGCAGUGGAAGUGCAGAUGGCAGCUCCACAGUUAUUAAAUUGGACACUGUGAGGAGAAUAGCAGAGAAGGAUAAGCACCCUCUGCUGGAUAUCACUCCCACUGCAGUGGAAAGGCUCAACUACAUCCAGUACCACCCGAUGGUUUUGUUCUUAGACCCUCACAACCGCAAGGAUGUCAAGACCAUGAGGCAGAGGUACAGCCCCAAAUCCAGCAAGAGCUCCAGACGCCUUUACUCACAGGCCAUCAAAAUGAGAAAACACUGCAGCCACCUUUUCUCGGCUCGAGUGGACCUGGAUCCCAGCUCCCACUCUUGGUAUGAAAGUCUAAAGAAUAAGAUUCGCCACGAGCAGACCAAACCCGUCUGGGUGUCUGAAGUCACGUUGGAGAGUGGUGGAGAACAAGAUUUGGAUGCUUUGGACCAGAACCAGACUGACUACCUCAGUGCUGCUAGUGACCUGGAGGACACCGAUGGAGAGGGCUUCACAGACGACGCCUACACUGACAACGAGGAACUCGAGGAGGCUUACCCUGGUCAGAAUACAGCCAAGGUCCCAGGGGGCUCCAGGGUAGCUGGAGCUGCUUUAGCUCGAUCAUCCGAGCCAGCGUUUGAACACCACAGCCCCUCUAUAGAACCCGAGGAAAGCGAUGACUCGUACGGAGUCAGAGAAGUCCCGCCAAUAAUGCACGUACCUGAACCCAGGUCACCUCGUCAGACGAAUUACAGCCCGCCGCAGAGCGAUGCCGAGGAGGAAGAUCCCUCUCAUCGCAGUUUUACAGACUCAGAUUUCAGCGCUCUUGAUGUAGCUUCACACGCCGCUCCGUCUGAAGGACCGCCAGAUUUUAGAGCCCCCGACCCCACAAGCCAGUACUCGGUGGACGAGCCUUCAUACACAGAGGAGGAGCCGGAGAGCUUCCAACACGCCAGCCUGUCUGCUAUCGAAGACAGAUUAGAGCAGGCUCGCUCGGGAGAGGAAGAGCCCAGAGAUGAGCAAAAGAAAGCCCCACAAUUCAUCGUGCUCGCACAUCACCACCAAGCAGUCCAGUUCAGACGCACACAGAUCCAGGGCAGCGACAGCUCUGAGGAUGAAUUUGACGAUGCGGACGAUAUGGAAUGGGGUCCCGCAACUGAGCUUUAGAUGCCGAGAGGACUGAUGCGGCUUUUCCUUGUGAUCUACAAAGGACAUGGAAAUGAUUUCAUUCCCGCACUGAACUCUGUUAUCUUGGAUGGUAUUGUCAUAGUGUUUUUAAAUUCAUGUAAAGGGAGCCUCGUUCAGGUGUCACUGUAGCCUUUAAUGACAACUGCAAGUUUUAAAGUCACCAAAAAUCCUCUCAGAAGAAUGUUGAGAUCAAAGUGCCUGAUUUGUUGUUUUUUUUCAGUGUUUUUUGUAUUUAUAAAAAACAAAACUCUGUGAAACGAAUCAAUUUCAAAUAUAUAUUUUAUAAGAAAUCAUAUGAAAUAUGCAUCAUUUUAGGAAUAGCAAGGACAUUUAUACUUUAGAUUUUUCUACAUUAAACUGUUUGUUCUUCUGAUUUUAAAAUGGGUUUGUUUGAUGAUGCAGGACGACGAAAACAUACUUGAUCAGCUUCAUUUUACCAAGCUGUCACUAAAAUCACUCAUAUUAACAUAAGUGAAACUGUGAAUAUUACAUGUGUUACUAUGGACAUUC